CCUGAGAAGUGAGUGCUGGACUUGUUUAUUUACUCUUCAGCUGAUGUUCUGUUCGGUGCUGUAUUCUUGUCUUUUGUGUAUGCCUGCGAAAGGCGUACAGCAAAACUGAGAUUGGAGGAUCAAUUCCUAUAAAGGUACAGACAAUUGUUUCAGAAUGACACAGUGGGACCAAUUGCAGCAGCUGGAUACAGUGUAUUCACAGAGGGCUUUUGAUCUAUACAAUGGAGAUGAAUUCCCAAUGGAAGUCAGACAUUAUUUAGCGCAAUGGAUUGAGAGCCAGGACUGGGAGCGAGCGUCUCGAGACUCUUCCCAAGCCGCUUUCUUGUUCCAGGUGCUUUUGGAGAAUCUGGACAACCAGUUCAGUCGUUUUGCUCAAGAGAGAGACUGUUUCUUACUGCAGCGUAAUUUCAGACGCUACAAACAAAACUUCAAUAAGUUCCAAGAGGAGCCUUGUACUCUGGCUGCUAUUAUUAACUGGUUCUUGCUGAAGGAGAAAGAAAUCUUGAACGAUGCAGAGCUUGCCCUGCAAGUGCAGACGUUGCAGGUUCAGUCGGCUGCAAUGGAGCUGGAGAGCCACAGGCAAAUUGAAAAGAGAUUAAAAGACUUUAAAACCAGAAUAGAGGUGAUGGAGCACAGCAUACGGUGUUUGGAGGAGCAGCAGGAUGAGUUUGAUUUUAAAUAUCAGACGCUUCAUAUGGACUCUUGCACAGAAGAAGAGAAGAAUCGACAGCUUGAAGGGCUUCAGAAAAUGCUCAAUGCACUCGAUAAGUCCAGAAAGGACUUCUUGUCUGAAAUCUUGGCUAUGCUGGACGCUGCUGAUUCUGUGGGAUCAUCGCUCAUAAACGAUGAACUGGUGGACUGGAAGCGGAGACAGCAGAAGUCCUGCAUUGGUGCACCUGAUGAUACAAGUCUGGAACAACUAGAGAAAUGGUUCACUCAGAUUAUAGACAGCAUGUUCCAGCUUCAGAAGUUCUUACAGAAACUUGAUGAGCUUUUAGGGAAAAUGAGCUACGAAAACGACCCAAUCCCGAUCCAAAAACCUUCUUUACAGAGCAGAGUGGACACACUGCUGACUUGCCUGAUAAAGAGUGCAUUCGUCGUAGAGACUCAGCCAUCAAUGCCACAAGGACGAGGCCCUCUUGUGUUGCGCACCAAUGUCCAGUUCUCAGUCAAAGUCAGAUUCUUGUAUAAAGUUCCUGAGCUCAACCAUGUCUUGAAAGUGACGGUCUCUGUUGACAACACUGUGAAAGGGUUUCGGAGGUUUAAUGUGCUGGGUACCUUGAUUAAAUCCCUUAACAUGGCGGAGAGUAUGAAUGGGGGAAUGGUUGCUGAUUUCAGGCAUUUGACUUUUAAAGACCAGAAAGUUGGUGGUGGAGGAAAGGGGAUCAAUGAUCUCUCGUUGAGUGUGACCGAAGAACUGCACAGUGUAAACUUUCAGACACAGUUUGAUUAUCAAGGACUGUCAGUCACUCUGGAGACCUCUUCUCUUCCUUUUGUGGUGAUUUCGAACUCCAGUCAGCAGCAGAGUGCCUGGGCGUCUGUUCUGUGGUUCAACAUGCUAUGCUCUGAUGCCAAGAACAAAAAGUUUUUUGAAAGCUGUUCUGCAGCCUCCUGGGCUCAGUUUGGGGAGAUGCUAAGUUGGCAGUUUCUGUCCUGUGGUAAACGUGGUCUAAACAAUCAACAGUUGCAGACCCUUGCCUUCAAGCUGUUUGGUAAAGAACAGAACUAUGAGAACUGUACAAUUCCAUGGACCAGAUUCAGUAAGGAGAACCUCCCUUAUACAAACUUCACCCUGUGGGUGUGGCUGGAUGGCAUUCUAAACCUGGUUAAAGUCUACUUGUCAGACCUGUGGAGCGAUGGCUCUAUAAUGGGUUUCAUCAACAAGGGGAAGGAGAGAGUUUUAUUAAAGAAGAAGCAACAUGGAACUUUUCUGUUACGGUUUAGCGAAAGCAUUAAAGAUGGAGGAGUCACGUUCAGCUGGGUGCAGUACUCUAACAAUGGCGAUCCAAGUGUGCAAACAGUGAAGCCGUUCACCAGUAAUGACCUGAAGCAGAUUGCUUUACCUGAUAUCCUCUGCAACUUUCGGAUCAUGGUAGCAGAAAAUGUUCCAGUUAACCCGCUGUGUCACCUUUACCCAAAUAUUCCGAAAGACCAGGCCUUCGGCAAAUACUACAGUGAAAAAACUGGAGAGGAGAAUCCUUACCUGAAGUACCUCAGGACCAAACUGGUUUUUGUCUCUAAAGAGAACGGAUGUGCAGAUGUCAGAGAGGGGCCAGUGUCUGACUUGUCCACACUGGACAGAGACCCUCCAUCUUCUGUUUCUGAGGUGGACGAGGAGGACAGCGUCUUGCUCCAUAGCCCCGAGAAUUCCCCAAUGUUCUCCAGCUCCACCAUCGAUGUUUCUUUGCUCAACAGCGUUUUGGAUAAUGAUGGCGAGAGUCUUGUUCCAAAUGAUUUUGCUCCCCAGAUCUCACCACCACCAGAAAGCGACAUGGACCUCCUUAAAGAACCACUCUGUCCAGAUUUUGAUUCUGAUAGGGUAUUGCAAGAUUUCACAGACAGUUUAAACAUCCUGAAUGGCCAAACCUUUUCAGUGUUGUCAGAUGAUCUAGGUAUCAUCAACCUUAGUAAUGGUUUUCAUGAUAUUGCCUACAACAUGCCGCUGACCCCAUAAAUUUCAUCCGUGACCCACAAUGAGGUUAGUUAAAACUUUCAUGGCUCUGAUUUAUGUUGUAAAUAAGUACGAAUUCGUAGAAUCGUAAAAGAUUAUUAGAAUUACUUUUAAUUCUUUUGCAGUACUGAUUUCAUUUACUUUAUCCGCAAAGUAUGUAAAAUGUGUAAUCCACUCAUUUGUUUUACCAAGGCAGCCCAUUUCAUAACCAACAUAGACUCAUUCUGAAAACGUAGCCAUAUAUACGUUUCUGGAGAUUGCGAAUUAUGUAGCCAGAGAUUCGUAUGGCUGCGUUUCGUCUUCCAAAUGAACGCUACAAGGCGGUAUUAUGAUGCCGUUUCUUUUCUCGCUAAGCAGCUGACCGCUUACCUGCAUGUGGACGUCUUUCCCGCUGUUACCAGUUUUUCCGGUAGCUCGGAAUGUACGUUGGCGGAGUUGAGAUGCAGAGCGGAGUUGACCCCGACGAUAGGGUUUGAAUCUGGUGAAGAACAGUUCCGGAAAGCGGGUAAGACAAAAAUCAGAAGCCAAAAAAUAAAAUACACGAGUAAAUAACAGGGUGAGAAUAUGGUAAAAUUUGAAAACGUGGUAAAAAUCAGGUGGCUUUUCAACACUGCUGUUGGGUUUAGGGAAGUGGGUGGGCGGGUCAAUCGGUGCUUUUCAAAAUACUAUUGGUUGGGUUUAGGGAAGGGGGUGGGUGGGGUGAUUGGUCGGUUGGUCAGUCAGUCAGUGAGUUAGUCAACAGCGGCAUCUGGUGGAUUUAUGUGAGAUAGGAGUGAAUGGCACUCAUGAGAGAAAUUUGAGAUACAAAGCAUACACAGUAGCAUCUGGUGGAUUUGCGAAAACCGAAACUGUGAAAAAAAUGUAGCUCCUUGGACAUAUUUUGCACUCUCCAGAAAUGUAUAUAGGGGUGCGUAUUCAGAGUGAUCCUGGGUUGGUCAUAAUAGUAAUAAAGGUAAUUACAAAAGAGAAAAGGAGUCAGAAUUACGAUAUAAAAGGUUGCAGUUUAUAUAUCCUAAUUCAUACACUGUUGGAAAUGCUGCGUUUCACAAAAUCGAUUUGUGUUGGGAAAACAUGAAGCAAUUAGGUUAACUUGGUAGUUUUUACAAAUUUAAGUGGAUUGGACAUAAAAUAAUAAGGUGGCCCCAUAUAAAAACUUAAGAAAUGUGUUGUUUUAGCUCAAUUUAAGUAAUUUUUUGAGUGUAGAAAGAAAGGAUUACGUGAUAUUAAAAAGUCAGAAUUGUAAUAUAUAACUUGCAGUUAUAAUAUCUAACCUGUAAUAUCUAACUUGCAAAGUGAAAAGAAACAUCUGAAUUGUGAGAUGUAAACUUGCAAUUGGUAAAACAAAAACAAGUCAGAAUUGUACAAUUAAAAAGUUGCUUGUAAUGUUAUUAAUUUUUUGAUCUUCUGGCUGAAACAGGCUCCCAUUCUUAGUCCAUCUAAGUCAUGGGUCUCAAACUCAAUUCCUGGUGGGCUGCAGCUCUGCACAGUUUUGCUCCAAACCUAUCAAACACAGCUGAUCUAAAUAAUCGAGUUGUUCAAAAGAGUCAUAAACACUUCAUAAGUUGGAUCGGCUGUGUUUGAUCAGGGUUGGAGGAAAACUGUGCAGAUCUAAGCGGAUGUUUGCAAAACAAAUAGCCAUUUACUGUUCUGGCUUGCAAGAUGCAGUGUUUAUAGUCAUUUUUGUGGAUUCUCUUCAUUUUUAUAAGACCUUUUCUUUCCUCUUUUUAAAAAUUAUUUUUCUUUCAGUUUUAUUUUAAUAUUUAAUUGUCGUGUAAACCCACCCUAUAUUAAACACAUAUAUAUAAAACUCUCCUGACCUGGCCCUGCCAAUCAUAAGCUGCUAGCAUAUAUUUGCCCCAAUAAAAGGUUUUGGAGCAUAAAAAAGCACUUUUGUUUUUGGUAAGAACAUUGAAAUUACUGGAUGAAUAUAUGGCAAAAUAAUAUGUUUCCCCUUUUUAAUCAACUUUUAUGUUGAUUGAAAGAAUCGUUUAUUGCUUAUUCAAAUGAACUGGGAUUUACCAGACAACUUCUUGUAAAGUCAAUGUGGUAACUUUACUAUGUUUAAAGCACCUUUUGAAAUGUGAUUCAGACAUUAGCUUUGAGCUAAUGUUUCAAACAUCUUAACAUCUAACCCUAACAGCAGAAUUUCUCUGCAUAUGUUUUACGACUAGAAAAUACUGUCCAAGUAGACAGUAAAGCUGUCCUGUUUAAAAGUGUAAAACACAGUCUUUGAUGCAGAUGUAUAAAUGUUAUCAAAUGAUGACAAUACUAUUUUCUAUAUAUUUUUUAUAUAUAUAUUUCUUUUUUAAGUAGUAAAGUUAUUCCUGCUGCAUCUAGCAAAUAUAUCUGCCACUGAAAAUGCACUAAAUUCUACUUUAAGUUUUAUUUUUGAGUGAAAUGUGCUGAAUGUCAGAUUGCUAUUUUGAGAAACAGAAUGUUGUUUUACUAGGAUUUGAGCCUCCUAAAACACAAAGUCGGUUUCUAUUUUGCAUAACCACUGUUUUAAUGUAGUUUAGUUGUUUAAAGAGAGGUUUGAUAGCUUUUAAUUUUGUUUUAAACUUCCAUAGGGGAUGAUUUUCUCAUUAAGGUACCAAUAUGUGCUUAAUCGGAGACCAUAAAACUUCAAGAGAUUGUGUUGAAGUUUGUUGAAAGUUAAAUAUUCUGUUCCCCCAGUUGAAGGAAGUUACUUUUGAGUUUCUUUUUUUUUUUAUUGUGGACUUUUGGUUCUUGAAAUGUUUUGAUUGUUUGACUAAUUUUGCACUGUGAUUUUUAAUAACAGAAAACUCCACUUGAGCGAAAGAACAGAAUACUUCUGAUUUCUUGCUAAACUGAAUUACAUUUUUGUGUAAUCAAGUCAAUUGGACUGUGUCUUUUUCUUUUAAACUGUAAUGACAUAAGUCAUUGUGAUUUAAUCACUCGUUGAAUUUUGUUACCCCACGAGCACUUAUGUUGUGAAUUUGUAGACUUUGUUUCAGAUGCAUGGAACCAAGUUUUAUGUUGUAAACAAUGCCAGUUUUCAAGAAAAAAUUCCAUAUAGUUUGUUUAUAUGUGUAAACAAGUCUUUUGUAAGUCUUGUAAGCUCAAACUGAAGUGUAUGUGUAGGCGCUAUGUUCUCCAAUAAAACAUUGAAUGAAA